AACACCGUGCAACGCCGUUACAGUUUAUUUGCGGCCCGUAGCUCUGCGACGCCGCAAACAAAAUGGCUCUGAUUUUUGCAGACUACAAUAAGUUUUAGUUUUGGCCAUAUUUCCGCUGCCCCAGUGGGCUAAAAGCAGAUGCAAAAGGUCCCAGUGAGGUGUGUGCUGCUGCAGCGACUGUGAAGAUGGAACCUGGUGUGCGCAACACCUCAGAAGAGCUCUACCAAGUGAAAAACCAGACAGCCGUCAUCGUUAUUGCCAAUUGUGGCAUAUAGGAUACGAAAACUAGUUCUCACGCAUACGCACUCACACAUUGAAGAGCCACUGACGACGCGAGCUGCCUCUUCCCAGUCAAAAGAUGGAGGGCAUGGAUCUGUGGACGUCGAUGUUUUCGUCCGACUUCGAGGAGGGUGAGGCGGAGAGCGGGGCGGCGGAACUGGAGGAAAGCGAGCAGUACGGGAAUGGCAAUGAUGACUUCCUAGGCGAUACGGAGAUCCUUGAUUCAGGCGAUGCCAUCGAUGACCUGUUGGAUGCCGAAGAGGAUGAAAGGGAGGAGGAGGAUGACUACGAAAAGAACUCCAAGGAGCCAAAGCAACCAGAUCCCGACGAUGAUGCGCUCUUUGAUUUUAAUAUGGAACCCAUUGUUGAUAUAGCGGAGCCACAGCAUCCGUCGUUGGCUCCUGCUGGACCCAUGGGCCACCAAGUGCGUCCGCCAAUGCAGCGACACUCAUUCCCGGGAGCUGUGGGUCGACCUAGAUUGGGUCCCGGUCUGUCUGUACGACCCACCACCUCGCAGAUCAAUGCAACGGACGAGAACGGAGUGCCAAUUAACUACGAGUUGGGCGUAGUCUACAUCUGCCCCGCCUGCGGUGGUGAAUUCCGGCAACAGGACCACUGGAAGCGGCACAUGAACCACAUCCACAAAUACAACACCCUGCGUGGCUUGAACUUUACGCCGCUGGACAAGCUCUAUCAGCGGUGCAGGGAGUGCAACAAGCGGAUUGCCAUGCACAGCCGGGAGAACCUGCUUAAGCAUAAGUUUACGCACCUGCCCUUCAGGUGCACCAAGUGCUACAUCUGCAAGCGGGAGUACAAAUACAGGCAAGAUCUUAUGGUUCAUCUUCGCAUGGUCCAUUGCGAUGAAGUCGUGGCCAUGAUGCGUGAGGGUUACAAUGCGGCGGGGCGGAAGACACGGGUUCGAGAGUCUCGCACCGAGCAGCUGUUGCGGGAGAAGAGCUUCCGAGAGAAUGAUGACCUUGGGGAGGAAUCCGAUCGCAUAGAGGUGCGGAAUGAGCUGCUCGAGCCAGAUGUUGAUGAGUCUGGCAUCCAGGAGCAGACCGUGUCGGAAGAGGUUUCCAAGAAAAAGGCUGGCACUCGAGGAGCAGCUGAACUGUGCGAGGAUUACAUACACUACAUGUGUCCAGACUGCGGCACCGAAUGCGACACUCACGCCCAAUGGAGCCAGCACAUCGAGUUCGUCCAUGACUACGUCAGCCGAAGGGGACUUAAUUUCCGAAGCGUGGACAUGCAAAUGCAGUGCCUCGAGUGCAAAAAGAUUGUGACUCCCAACACCAUUAAAUCACUUCGCGCCCACAAAUUCAGCCAUUUAUCGCAGCCUGAGUGGCUGCGCUGUAAACUCUGCUACAAGGGUUACACGGAUCAUCAGGAAAUAAUCAGACAUCUGCUGCAGCACCAUCAUAUGGAUACGCUUAUUUCGGAGGACGCCGAGGAGGAGGAUGGUGAUGCUUCCGCAGCAAUAGUGGCGGAGGAUGAAUGCGACGGGGACAAUGGAAACAGCGAGGGAAAUGGCGCCCCUUUGGACGAGGACUCGCCCUACUUUGAAGACGCACCCAGACGCGGUGGUCGCAUCAGCAGCGACGACAUUUUCGAGCCCCACAUCGACUACCUCUGUCCGCAGUGCGGCAAAGAAUUCAUCGAGAAGAAGCACUGGCGCACCCACGUGGUCAUGGCACACAGCAUGAACGACCUGAGCAAGCUUAAUUUUGAGAUGAUAAACGAACGGCAGCUGAAGUGCACUGAGUGCGACAAGAUCAUAACCAAUGCGUAUGGAAUCCAGAAUGCCCAGCAACACAGGAUCACGCAUCUUCCAUUCAAGGCCUACGCCAGGUGUCGCAAGUGCCACAAGUCCUACACAGACAGAAAGGGUCUCGUAAAGCAUCUGGCUACCCAUCAUCGCGUUGGUUGGCCACGAAAGCUAUCGGGAGGAUGCCCAGCUCCAAUUGUUACACCCACCAAGCAGCCACGCAAACAGAUAGUAACGAUAGCCAAUGAAACGUACGAGAUAAUCUAUCUGGACGACGUAGACCAAGGCGGCAUGGAGGAGGAUAACGACUUUGGUGAACAGAUGCAGGCAGAAGAGGAUGAAUAUCCAAUUGCAUCGCCACCACCACCACCACCACCGCCACAGCCAACAUCUCAAGGAAAUCAUCAACGCUACAAGUGCGUCCACUGUGGCACACUCUUCGCUACCCAGGCGGCCGUCCGUGUUCACAUUAGCGAAAAGCGGUGCAGGAAGACAGUGGUCAGAAGGCGUCGACAGCCAGUGAUGAACUCUGGGGAUCCAUCCGUGGCCACCGUAGAACAAAAUUACAUCUUCUUGUGCCCAUCCUGCGGAUUUGAGUACAAGACUCAGUUCGAGUGGCGCCGUCACAUCAACGAGGUGCACAAUUUUGACAAACGUCAAUAUCUAAACAUGCGUCAGUUGGAUAAGUAUCGCUAUCAAUGCACCCAGUGCAAGGACAUUGUAUGCAAUUCGAAGCUGAAGGGUUUGCAGGACCAUCACUUCCGCCAUCUGCCCUACAGACUGUACCUCAAGUGCCUGAUCUGCGGCACCUGCUACAAUCACAAGCCGAAUAUAGCUGCACAUUUGAGGGCCCGUCACAGCAUUUUUGAUAGGGAGACGCCGGCGAUGAUCACAAAACCGAAACAAGUGCUUGGGCGUUAUAAGGAUAACAGUAGGGAGAACCCCAAAUUACCCUCUCCUCCACCGGCUCCCGCACUGGCACCAGCACCGCCCUCACCACCUGCAUGCUCCUCCUCUGCUGCUUCCACUGCGAGUAGUCGUUCCCUAAAACCACAGCCUGGCGGAUUGCCAGCCCGACCCGCUGGUCUCAACACACUGGAGGACAGCAUCUCGUACCACAAUGCCGUGGACCUGGACUUCAUCACGUACUUUUGUCCCAAGUGCAAUCAGAACUUUGACUCUCAUGCUUUCUGGCGCAAACAUAUUGUGGAGCAGCACAACUUUAACAGCCGUGAGGGCCUCAACUUUCGGCAGAUCGACAACCAUCACUACCUGUGCCUGGAGUGCUACAAACGGGUGACCGUGACGCACACCAAGGGCGCCAUCGGGCAGCUACAGUCGCACAAGUUCCGCCACCUGCCCCACAGAUCCUUCAAGUGCUUGACUUGCGGCGGUGAGUUUGUGCGCAAGCAAAUGUUCUUCAAGCACCUCAACCGCGACACUAACCGGUGUGACAAUCGUCCGCACCGAGAAUUCGAUGACGAUGAGCCCGACCAAGAUACGCUAUUGAGCUCCAUUUACCAUCUAACGUGCCCGCAAUGCGGUGACAACUUCAAAACUCACAAUAAAAAGGAAUGGCGGGAGCACAUCAACGACCACCAUGGCUUGACCAAGCUAGAGCUUUUGCACAUGACCAAGGUGGGUGAGGAUGUCUACCGCUGCCAGGACUGUGAUGAGGAGCUGGAGACGAAUCGGCAGUGGGUGCUACAGUUCCAUCGAUUCCAGCACCUGCCCCACGCGGCCUACAUCCGUUGCAAACUGUGCAAGCAGAGCAGUGAGGACGAUGCUGCUGCGGUGGGUGAGUUGCACAGCCUCCGUGAGCUGCAACAGCACAUUCGUAAGCACCAUCCAGGCCUGGGGGAUGCCGAGAUGAUAUCGCUCAUCGAGCAGAUAAUUCAGGACGAGAAGGAGCAGGAGGAGGGCACGAAGCAGACCAAUGAUGAUGAAAACCCUACUGGUCAGGACUCAGGACCGUAUAUGCCGUUGCCGCCACAUCUUCUGGACGAUGAUGGCGACGUGGAAUUCGAAGAUCAGUAUCUGCUCGGCUAGUAUUAACGAAUAAGAAUUUUUCGAUUUAUUUAAAAAAAAAAUCUUAGUGGCAGAAUGUAAUUUUUCGACCAUGCACGUCCGGUUUUUUUGUAUUUUAACUGGAGCUUAGAACUCAAUCUUAACUUUACUCGAAAAUCUCACUAAAAUGCUAGUGUAUUCGAUUUGCAUAUUGUAUUAUGCAGUGUCUUUUACUGAAACCGUGAAAGUAUAUUUCACUUUUAAAUUCUGUGUUCGUUUUGUUUUUUAUUUUAUUAGUUCUGCCAAUCGAACAUAGAUUACGUUUUGCCACUAAGACUAGCCCGUUUUUUAUGACCCAAAUCGAAAUAGCCUAAUCCACUUCCGCAACACCUGUGUACUUCCAGUGGCAAACAGAUUCUGAUAUUGAAGAGAUUAAUUAGAGUAUUCAUAUAGUUUACCCAUAGACGACACCGCCUAAAUCUGAUUACGGACUUUUAUCUGUAGGCUACUCUUUAAUUGCUAGUAUUAAGAAUCCAAGCUAUUUAUUUUCGAUAUAAUCUCAAUGAACGGUAACUGAUAUUAUCAAAAUUAUAAUUAUAUUUUCAGCACCACUGCUUCGACUAAUAAGAAAUUGGUCUCGAAAAAGUUGGUCUAUGCACGUGAGCGGCUUUGCGCUGUUUGAUUAAUGUUAAUAAAUAAGACAUUUAAUUCUAAAUGAAA